AUGUUUGUGCGUGUUAGGUCUUGUUGGCUACGCCGCUGUAGUGCAUCAUCUUCUCGAUCGUUUUCUGCUCUUGUCGAUUCAAAAUGGGUACGCGCGGUAGAAAGUAAUCGUACGUCGGAGCUACUAUUUUUGGAUUGUAACCAUCCUUCGCUUUAUGAUCGCGGCCACAUUCCUGAGGCCAUUUCUCUCACGUUGGCUUCAUCUCUUUUUAAGGAUCCGACUCCUCAAGCCACUGGCGUUGUUGACUUAGAGCUCUUUGUGGAUAUGAUUAAGGAGUUACCAGUUUCUGAAAACACGACGAUUAUAUUCUAUGACGAUGAAUUGAGUCUUAAAGCAACGCGUACGUGGUGGGUCUUUCGUCAUUACGGAUUUCCACUCAAGCAGCUUAAGGUGUUAGAUGGAGGUCUCAAGCAGUGGCAAGAUGAUGGCAAUGAAGUAAAGGCGGAAAAAUGCAACGGAGUGCGAAAUCAUGUUGUGCCUUGGAGAUCACCUGUCGACUCGCACAAGCUUGUUGGCUUACAAGACGUGCAAAAAGGUAUUGCAGAGUCAUCUACGCAGUUUGUGGAUGCGAGAUCUUCGGGUGAGUACUGGGGUGACGAUGCUAAUGGCAAUGCACGCGUGGGUCAUAUACCGAGAGCUUUCAAUUUCAAUUGGAUCGAAGGUGUAAAUCUUCGUCAAAAUGGAAAGUUUAAAACUAAGGAAGAACUUGACAAAAUAUUCGUUGAUCAUUUUCAUCUUGACAAGGAAAAACCAGUUAUUACGUACUGUCAGCGGGGGAUUCGAGCGGCUCACACAGCAUUUGCACUUGAGCAGGUUAUGGGUUUUAAAGAUGUUAAGAUAUACGAAGACUCCAUGCUACAUUAUUUGAAUCGGGAGGAUACCGAAGUGGUGCAAAAGUGA